AUGUUCAACGUUCCAAUGUUGAACUUGUUUCAAGUUCUCCUUGCCGCUCCAGCACUCGCCGCGGCGGCCACUUUCCCAGUCAUUCAAAGCAACUACGGACCUGUCAAGGGUGCAGCAUCGCCUUUCCGGGAUGGAGUGACUGUUUACAAGGGCAUCCCUUAUGCAGCACCCCCUACAGGCUCGAAGCGUUGGACUCCUCCCACCAAGCCCGACUCUUGGACCGAGACACUCAAUGCAACCGAGUUUGGUCCCCAGUGUGCUCAGCCAUACUCUGAAGCCGGUAUCUUCUCUUCUGGAAAGAACUCAACCAGUGAGGACUGUCUGACCUUGAACGUCUGGACCCCAACCUACGACACCACUGAUGCCACCAAGAUCAAGAACAAGAAUCUCCCCGUCUACGUUUGGAUCUUCGGUGGCCGUUUCGAGGGUGGCUCCGGAGAUGUCAUCAGCUAUGAUGGUACCGGGCUUGCCUCUAAAGAUAUCAUUGUCGUUACUAUGAACUACCGUCUCGGUGCCUUUGGUUUCCUUGCUCACCCUGACCUGUCUACUGAGUCUGGACACAACAGCUCUGGAAACUACGGUAUUUUGGACCAGCAGUUUGCUCUUCGCUGGGUUCAGGACAACAUUGCUCACUUUGGUGGUAAUGCUAGCCAGGUCACUGUCGGUGGUCAGUCCGCCGGAUCUGCCAGUGCAUUGGACAUGAUGUGGAGUCCUCUCAGCAGCGGAUUGAUUCACGGUGUAAUUGCUGAAAGUGGUGCUCGUGGGCCUCAUGACCCUGCUACCGGUAGUGUUGCCACUAGCUACAACACUAAGGGCGUUGCUGAGGGCUUUGGUGUCACCUUCCUGAAGACUAUGAACGUCUCUUCAAUUGCUGAGCUUCGCGAGCUCCCUAUGGCCGACCUUAUCGGAGAGGGUCAGUUGAUGGAAGAUGAUUAUUUCGACGGCACUGCCUUCUCUGAUCUCUGGUCUGGACCUCCCCGCUGGCGUCCAGUCAUUGAUGGCUACGUGUUCCGUCACGGAUAUGGAGAAUCGCUUGAGCUCGGUGCCCACGCUGAUGUGCCCAUUAUGACCGGUAACAACAAGAACGAGAACGACGGAGGCGCCUCAACUGUUUCCGACUACAAGUCUCUGUGGACAAAGGUUUUCGGAAACUACUCUUCGGAGUUCUUCUCUCUCUACCCCGCUAAGACCGACACCCAGGCCGGUGACAACAGCGACGCCGUUCUCCUCGAUUUGGCCCGUGUUGGAACCUGGGAGUGGGCCUCUGAAUGGGCUGCCGGUGGCGCCAAGAGCGAUGUCUUUGUGUACUACUUUACGAAGGCUCCUGCCGAGGACGAAGAGGGUGGCGCUUACCACGGUGCUGAGAUCUGGUAUGCCUUUAACAACAUUCCCUACUCGGAUUACUCCAAUGUCACCUGGAAUGCCACCGAUUACAAGAUUGAGUCUGUGAUAUCUGAGUACUGGGCCAACUUUAUCCGCACUGGUAACCCCAAUGGUGACGGCUUGGUUCACUUCCCCCGUCCUCCAGCAACUAUUCUGCCAUGCACCUCGGUGAAUCUUUCGGUGCGGUACCAAUCGCUGCGUCCGAGAAGCGCAUCAGCUUCCUCCGCCGCUGGAUGUCUACUUUGCAUCAGUACUAAGUUGGGAAAGUUUCUACUUGGUGAUUUUGGCGGUUGUGAUAUGAGACAACACUUGUGCUUUAUAACUUGUAACUAUUGA